AACAAGGUUAUUUCAUACUAUUAACGAAAAAGGAUAUUUCAUUGGAAAAGAUUAAAACAACAUAAGAAGGAUGCGACAUUACAGACACUGAUAUGCAUUCACACAAAUCACUGUUUAUCAAGAUGAACUUUGGAAGGUGUAUGCAUAUAUAUUUAGUCAGUGGGAGGAAGCGUUUCGGUUUAACAACGGAAAGAUGCACUUGUUAAAUAUUACCUUACAUGCAGAUGCACUUGUGAUCUAACUGAUAUCCUUACAUGUAUCAGUGGUACAUAAUUGGAGAUUAUUCAAUAUGUCAUGGUCGCACGUAAAUAAUAGUGAAAUAAGCAGCACCAAUUCUCCUCCAAAUAUUACAAAUGCAGAAGAACUGUUACGGACACUGAACGAUAAGCUUGCCUUACGAUAUCUGCCGGUGAUCAUCUACAUGUUCUUACUUAUAUUUACCGGAUUAUUUGGGAAUGUUCUCGUUAUUAUUGUGUAUGUUCGAAAGAAAACCAAAUCGUCACUCAAUUACUUUAUAAUUAAUCUAGCAAUACUGGAUCUGUUGACGGUUGUCAUUGGUAUGCCGACCGAAAUUGCCGAUCUUCGGUAUUCUAUUAUGUUUUACGCACCAGCCGCUUGCAAGGCACUACGAACAGUAGAAUCGCUUUCAACAAUGGGUUCAAUAGUUACGUUAAUGGCAGUUGCUAUAGAUAGAUAUAACCGGAUAUGUAAAUAUGGUAAACAAAUGACAAUAGAAAAGGCAAAACGAAUUUGCAUUAUAGCUAUUAUAAUAGGAAUUUUCACAUGUUGGCCGGCAGCCAUCGUUUUUGGAAAGAAAACUAAAGAUGUUGGCAUUCCCGGUGUUUAUGGGGUUGAUUGUUCAACAGAUGAUUCAAUGAAGGGUACAAAAUAUCCUCUCGUUUAUUAUGGAUUAUUGUUUCUUUAUUUUGUUGUUUGUGUUAUAUUUUUUACAGUAGUAUACACAAAAAUCGUAUUAUUUAUCAGAAAACAAAAGAAGAAGGGAAAUAUAUCACAAAACUCCUCCCGAAAGAAAACAAAGGAACCGAAGUCUCUGUCAGGAGAGACCUCUUUUUCAGAUAUCGAAAAGGAUCAAAAUAAUGGCAAGGAAAAGCAAAGAAAUAAAAUUCAAACAGACUGUGUUCAUCAAAAGUUAGAAGAGACUAAAUCUAGACGCAAAAUUCAUGCAUCUAAAACUACUUUAAUGCUAGGGAUUGUAACCGUGGUAUUUGUUCUCAGCUUUCUUCCUUUUCUAACAGUAAUGGUAAUAAGAAAUAUAGUUAAAAAUUUCGAGGAUAUAUUGUCUGAAUCCGCAGAAGUAUUUUAUAAAUUCUGUUUAAAAUCAUAUUUCAUCAAUAAUUCUGUUAAUCCGAUCAUCUAUAGUUUUAUGAAUGUUCAAUUCAGAGGAGACGUGAAGAAAAUAUUUUCUCAACAAACCCGAUGUUGUGAAAAAAAAAUCAAUAUUUAUCAGCAAUAAGUACGUAGCAAAAAAAGGGUAUACGCUUCGAGGUAUUUUCCAGAAAGAGAUUGCUUGCUUAUGAGAUCAUUUAUCACUAACCAUUAUUCUACUUCAGUCUCAAAGUUGUGAUUUAGAAAUAAAAAUUAUAAAAAGUACAUUCCGAUGAUAGAAAAUAGAUUCAUAAAAAUGAAUAUAGAGCGAACAGUGCCGUAUUAUUUUUUAAAUACAAAACAAAUAUUAAAAAUAAUUUUUAAAAAUAAUUGGGGAUGCUUGUCCAUUCGUUUGAUGCGUUUUGUCAUUUGAUUUUGCCAUAUGAUUAGGGACUUUCCGAUUGAAUUUUCCUCGGAGUUCAGUAUUUUUGUGAUUUUACUUUUUGACAAUAAUUUUAGUAGGUUAUUCUUAGGUUGUAUGGAAUUAUACUUUUAUUAGCCAACUUAUUCAAAUCCCUCGUCUGGUUUCUGUGUUUUUAGCGUACAAAAGUAUUAAAAAUCAUAUCAAGUAUAAACACUAUAAUUAUUGGUUUUGAUUUCACAGACACGAUAUUCAUCUUUAUAACCAAAUCAUAGCAUGACUGUUUAAUUAAUAUAUUGAUGACAAGAGAAGUAUUAUUAUCUCAUCCUCUUCCAGUCGGGGUGUUGUUGAAAUUUAUUGUAAACUAUCGACGCCUAAGCUUUUAAUGAUAUAAGUGCUUUUGUUAAAUUUAGAUUUAGGGUGGCACCUAUUAGGCUGGAAACUGGGAAAUACGAAAAUUUGUCACUGGAAGAUAGAUGCUGUUUUUAUUGUUUAAUUAUUGUUCAAUAUCAGAUGAUGUCUUGUAUAUGAUUUUAUAAGACAAAGUCUUAAUACUGAAUUGUAAUAAAAAUGCAUAGUCAGAAAAAGUUUAUUCUUUAUCAUUUAUUCUUAACAAUUAACGUUUUAUUUCACAUAUGCCGUUAUUUCAAUUCACCCAGAUUAUAGUGUUAUAGAUUAAGUAUCACUGAAAUGAGACGCAAAGGGAAUACAUUUAAUUAUAACAAAUGUAAAAAGAAGUAAGUUUAACAUUUCAUUAUAUUAUUUCAUUAUUAUGUAAAGAAAACAUGUUAUUCUAAAAUUCAUUAUUUAUCAAAUAUUGUUCUUGAUAUCACAUGGGAUCAUUAUUACAUAACAUAAUUCAGCAAUACUAAACGUUUGACAUUCGGAUGCAAUGAAUUAGGCAUAUCAGUUAAAAAUAUGAAUUACUGAAAUGCGAAUGAAAUUAGCAUAUUAGGUCAUUAAGUUGAUUUACUACACAAAUGUCAUGAUGAUAUUGACUUGUGUUUCAGAAAAUUAAAAAUUUAACCGAA